AUGGGAAGGGCAGGGAGUAAAGUUCUUCAGCAAACCCCACUGGACGGAGUUCAAACUCAGACAACUCCGGUUGUGACGGCACCUCCUACUCCUGCAGCUGUCAGUGUUACAUUUGAAGGACUCUCGAAAACCAAGAAGAUGAAAGUGAAGUGGGCCCAUCUGGGUUUGGUCUUCUUUCUUCUUGUUUCUCUGGUGAUGACAGGCUGUUUCCUCUGGCAGUAUCAGCUGCCAAAACUUCAGCCAGAUGAAGAGGCAGGUCGCAAUGCCAAUUCAGAGAUGAUGUGUCCACGCUUCCCUGAGCCCCUCCCUUUGGAGCAUCCUAUUCCCAGUCUCAAAGAAGCAUUGGAAAAGGUGGAUGUUCUGUUCAGGCAAAGCAUCAACGUCGUCAGCCUUCCUGCUCUGUCUGCCAUUGUGAUCUUGAAUGACACAGUUUUGUGGACUGGUAACUUUGGAAAGAGGAAUGCCAGUGAUCCUCUGUCAGGCCCACCCAGUGAAUACACCAUCUACAGAAUUGCCAGUUUAUCAAAGAUUUUCCCGACGCUGAUGCUCUACAAAUUGUGGGAGGAUGGAAAGAUUGCUUCCUUAGAUGACCCCCUCGAAAAAUAUGUGGACAAUUUCACCAUAAAAAACCCUCUGGGAAAAACACGGGACUCAGAGUUGAAAUAUGUGACAGAUGGCCUCAUAUUUUUAGACAGCGGAGAGGUACAAAUCCGCUCCUCCUCUGUCACCCUGCGCAGGAUGGCAAGCCAGCUCUCAGGUCUACCCCGGAGGCUUCGGGCCACAAAUCUACUCUGGAAAGGCAAAACACAAUCUGCAAUCAAUCUAUUACAAGAUGAUGUCCUUGUUGCAGAUCCAGGAACCAAGUGUCACUACAGUAACCUGGCAUUCUCUCUACUUGCUCAUGUGAUGUCUGAAAAAGUGGUUGGGGUUGACUAUCAGCGCUGGGUCACAGAAAACAUUUUGGAUCGAUUGGGAAUGGAAGACACCAGUUUUGAGCUCACCCCUGGGUUGCAGAGCCAGUUUGCUGUCGGAGUUUACUCCAAUGGAAAGCCUGCUCCUCUCUAUGAUCUCGGCUGGUAUCGGCCCUCCGGUCAGAUGUUUUCCACUCCUGCAGAUAUGGCCAAACUCGCCAUGGUCCUGCUGGGUGCUUACCACCGUAAACUGCUGGAGCCAGAUUCUCUGAAGAUCAUGCUGAACCCGCUCUUUAGGUGUGAUAAGGACUACUUUGCAAACCGUACCGGGACACCUUGGGAGGUAAAUGACCUAAUGGGCUACGAGAUUUUGAGAAAAGAUGGUGAUCUGGAUGGCUACUCGGCUACAUUCUCCCUGGUUCCCAGACUGAAGCUUGGUCUAGUGGUCCUUAUGGCGGGGAGCAGGCCUCAGAAACAGGAUGUGGUCACAAAGGCCUACAGCUACAUUAUUCCAGCAAUAGAGAAAGCCUUUAGAGAAGCCAACAGGAUUCUUGUUGCUCCUCCAAAUCCAGCUCAUUAUAUCGGCUUUUUCACCUACAGCAACAUUACUUUCUAUGAGAUCAAGGUGGGACCUGAUGGCGUUCUGAUCAUGCAGCAGUUUGGUCCUCAGAUUGAAGAGUUGAUACCAGAGAAGUACAGAACAAUAAAGCUUAACUACCUGGUUGAGCGAGUAUUCAGAGUUGUGUUUGAUAAAGAGUACCCUUGUGUUUUGAAAGUGGGCAAGGCUUCAGUCUCACUGGAAGCCCAAGACGGCCAGCUGUUCAACUUCUAUCUGUUUAAUAAGCAAGGCUUGUCCCCUGGCUUUGAUGCUCCUGGGUUAAACACAUACAAUGUGGUGAGAAUAGCCCGUAGGCCAACAUUCACCAGCUGA